AUGUCCUACACCACGCAGCAGGAAUUCUUCAACGUUCCCUUCCGUAACGAAGAUCCGAACCUCCCGGACCGGAAGCGAAGCGAUGGGGCCCUCAUGACGUACGAUUUGUGCACCGACAGUCGCGCGUGGGCCCUGGACAAGCAGAAACGCUCCAACUACAUCCUGGACGUCGUCCACAAGGCACGCUUCAAGAAGGCUUUGCUGCAUCCAGAAGGUCAAUUCGAGCUGACCAAAGGCUAUCUGAUCCAAUUGGAUGCGGACGACCUCGCUGAUUACAUUCUCAGUUUGCAGGCGGAAAUCAAACGGAAGAAUGACUCCGUUCAGACGCUUGAGGAGUCUCGGAAGGGAUUAGGGGAACAGCUGCAAGCGAUUCAGAAGCAAUCGGACGAACUGACCGAAAUCCGGCAGCAGUCGGCCAUACUGGAACAGGAACGCACCGACUUCGAGCAGCAGAUGGAAGAUCUGGAAAUGGUGAUCGUCAAUCUGAAGGAUCGUGCCGAUCGGUACGAUCUACUGGCGAAGGAGAACGAGCUGCUGCGUCAGCAGUUGCAGAAGCAGCGGGUGGAAGCGGCCGACAGGAUCCGACUAAUCAACGCUGAAGCGGAAGCGAACUUCAAUCGCAUGCAGGCGGAAGAUUGCUGGAAGUUGGAAGCGGAGUUGAUACUGUAUAAGGCGAAGUAUGAAGAUCUGCGCCAUCAGAAGCGGGAACUGAAGGAGCAACUGCAGAAGGCGUUCGUGCAGCAAUCGAACCUAACGGAGUUGAAAAGGCAGCUGGCGUUAGAGCAGGUCCACAGGGAGAAGGUUGAAGAUGAACUGGAGCACGUGUUGUCACUGUACGAUCAACAAUUCCAAGAGGUGGAUCGUGAGAAUUUCGCAGCGAUCGAGGAGCUGGAAGUGCAGAGAUCACAGCGAUGGUCGGAAAAUCGUUCUUUGUCGGCUGGUGAAGAAGCGGAAGCACGGCAAUCAUCCGCUACGGCGGAGCUUGCAGCGAAAAGAUGUGGUAAUUGCCAACAGAUGGAGGAAGAUCUUGAAAGCCUUCGUCGCGUUCAGAUGGAAGAACUGCAAGAGCGCGAGCGUCUCAAUCAAGAGCUGCAGGAACAGGUCGAGUCGCUCAGGAAGGAACUAGAAUUGGUUGAGAUAGCUACCGGAGGCAAUGCGCAGUCUAGUAAGCUGAUGGAAGAACUCAAACAGUGUCAAGAAGAAAUAAGAAUUAAUAAGGAAAGUGAGCAGGAAGCUCAGUCUCAAAUAGCACUUUUGGAAAAGAACUUGGCGCAAGUUAAUACAAAACUCGCAGAAGAAACGAAGCAAAUCGAGCAGCUUGAAGCCGCUGCGAAGAGUAUAGUCUCGAUCAAGGCAGAACCCCGCGAGUCGGUAGAUAAUGAGAUUGACAACCUUCAGAAAAUGUUGGAGGAUGCCCAAGCAGAACUUGCAGAGAAAGUCGAAAAAAUAGAUCUUCUAAACGAAGAAAACACUCGGCUACAGUCUGCGGUGGUCCAACACCUGGAUGAAGUCGGUAAACUGGAAGUGAUCCAGCAACAGCAGUUGGUUGAACUGGAAACGUCGAAGUCAGAGCUAGCGCAGACCAAAGAGCAGAUGACAUUGCUGGGUGGUGCAGAAUUGGAUGAUCUGAAAAAGUUGAACGAUGAACUGCAACAGGAGGUAGCACGACUACAGAAGGAAGAACUAGUGGCUACUCAGAGCUUGUCCAGAGGUGCGCUGGAGAGUGUUGAGAGUCAAGCGGAACUACUGAAAACGGUAGAGAACCUUCGUGCUGAACUGCAAAAUGCCAACGAAGCGGUGAAGGAGAGAGAAGACGUGAUUGGAAGAUUAGAGGUUGAAGUAGAUGCGAUUAGAUCGGUGCAGCAGUUGGGAGGCAUUGAUUUGUCGGAGAUUGGUGAGGAAAAUAUGCAGCAAGAGAGGCAGAAGUUGGAAGGAAGGAUUAAAGAACUCGAGGAGAAGUUGCAGCAAUGUGAAGGACAAGAGGGUCGACAAGAGCGAAUCGGUGUAGUGGAAGGUGUGGAUCUGCCGAAAAUUCUCACCGUAGAAUCGAAAGAAUCGGUUGAAUCGGGUGAAGAAAUGUUGAACAUUUUGGAGGAAGAAGUGCUUGAACGGAGAGAUUCGAUGAAGCGUAAAUCGGUCGGUAGUGGUGGUCAAGUUGGAGAUCGGCCGAAUGCUCCUGUCCAAGCGAGUGAGGAAAUGGCUAAGGCGCAUGUGUCGGACACUCAAUGGGCGAAAUUAGAAUCGGCAGUGAGCGUAGAAACCAUCAAGGCGGUUGUGGUGGAAGCUGAACGAUCGAGUUCUGAGUCGACAAUGAGCGAUGUUGAAGACGAGCAGGUGUACGAACCGACUGAUGAAGACGCUUACGAAUCAGAAGAAGACAAAGAAGUGACAGUAAUUGGUGUUGAAGAAAACGUUAAAGAACACGCUGUGAAAGACUGUGUAACGAAAAAACGAUCCGUAACUGAUAAACUGCCCCAACAGAUGGCUCAAUUGGAGCAGACUGGAUUCCUGGAUGACGACAUCAUUAGGAUCGGAACUUCAAAUCCGGACAAGACCAGCAUGAUAGCUAUUAAAAUUGUGCGUCACGGAAUAAGUAUGCUGGUAAUCGCCGAAUUGGACCACCUGCAUCGAGAAAUCUGCCGAGCGAUCAUUGAACGGUACCUGAUGCUGGGGCAGAACGUCAAGGCAAUCGAUAAAGCCAUGUACGAGUGCAAUCAGAUUUUGGACUCGGUCAAGAAGAUGAGUAAUAGCGAAAUGAAGAGUAUGCUGGCAUCAACGGAAACGCAAGUACCCAUUAGGAAUACCCUUCUGCUGGACGACGAUACUCCGAUUCGACUUCCGGCCAAACCGAAAGCUCGUCCUAAAUCGACAAGCUUCACAAUGGAUCAGCAAGGUCAGAAAGCACCAGGGCGAAUUCUUGUCGGAGAUUACAACGAACGGCCCAGGGAUCCGUUUGCGUCUCUGAUUGCGUCGAAUAUUCAAGGGCGCAUUAAGGUCGACGACAUUUGCAGAACUCGACCUUGGAGGGCUCCUAAAACGCCUACCGAAACAUUCGUUGCCAGUACCUUGUGGGACGGAUCUCGAGUCGUGACCCGGCAGAAGCGAUAUGUGUAGUUCUGUAGCUAAAUCAGGAUUUCUUUUGGAACUAAUUUAACGCAAAAUUAUAAUUUUGCAUUGCAUUUUCUUACCAAACA